AUGGCCGAACAAUCAAAUGUCGAAUCUAAUCAACAACAAGUGUUUCAACGUAAAAAACCAGCAGGACUUACAGUGAAAUUUGAUCUGGAUGGUCUAGUACGAGCAUGUUGUUUAUCAAAACCAAUUACUUAUUCAAAUUUACUUAAAUGUAUACAGGAUUUAUAUGGUAGUCGUACUUCAACAACGAUUAAUCGUAUCCAAUGUUUAUUUUCACGUGAUAAUGCAUUUCGUUUACCAAUUGCAAAUGAUGACGAUUUAAAUAAUGUACUUGCUAUUGCUGAAGCAAAUGGAUCAACGAAACUUAAUUUUUUAUUGAUCAAGAAAAAAAUUAAGAAAGUUUCUCGAAUAAUGCCAAUUGAAAAUAAUGAUGAUUCAGGUUCAGUAUCUGAUGAUGGACAAGUUGAUAAUGGUUGUGAAUCACCACCACCAGGUACAAUUGCACCACAAAAACGACUUUCAAAAGUAAGUAUAACUAGUAAAUCAACAACAUCAAGUGAUGGAGGAAUAUUUAUACCUGAAUCGAUUGAUGAUACAUAUUCAAGUGGUGGAUCAUCUGUUACUAGUCGAGAAUCAAGUGGAAGUGAGCAUAAUUCCAGACCUAUGCCUAUUGUUAAACGUACAGCAUCAUCAUCGAAUGUAAGUGGCAGUAGUGUUAUUAUUUCAAGUAGUUAUUCAUCUCAAACAAGUACAACUGAUAUUCUUCGUACACAAUGUUCUUGCUCUGCUCAUGUUGAAAAAUGUACUCCACAAACACCUUCGAACUGGAAGUUAGGACGACAAUUAGGACAAGGCGCUUUUGGUAAAGUUUUUCUAUGUUACGAUGUUGAUAAUGGUAGUGAAUUAGCAAUUAAGCAAAUUCCAAUUCGUGAAAUUAAUUCGGAUAUAACACGAGAAAUGAAAUUUCUUGAAGGUGAAAUAAAUAUAUAUAAACAACUUGAUCAUGAACGUAUUGUUCGAUAUCAUGGUGUAUUACGAACCGAUGAUUACUUACAAAUAUUUAUGGAAUAUAUGGCAGGUGGAUCUGUACGUGAACAAAUAUUAAAUUAUGGUGCAUUGACAGAACAAUUAACUAGGAAAUAUACAAAACAAAUACUUACUGGCCUUGUAUAUUUACAUGAAAAUCGUUUUAUACAUCGUGAUAUUAAAUGUGCGAAUAUUUUACGAGAUAUCUCAGGUAAUAUAAAAUUAGGUGAUUUUGGUACGUCAAAAAGACUUAUUGCUAUUACCAAUCAAAAUCAACCAGAUUCGGGAACCAUUGGCACAGCUCAUUGGACAGCACCAGAAAUAAUUCAAGGAAAUAUAUUUGGUCGUAAAGCAGAUGUUUGGAGUCUUGGUUGUACGAUAGUUGAAAUGCUAACUACAGGUCCACCAUGGCAGCAUUUACAACCAAUUGCAGCGAUAUUUCAUAUAGUCACUUGUAAUAAACCUGAAUAUAAAUUACCAGAGAAUGUAUCAAAAUCUGCAAGAGAAUUUAUUGAUACAUGUUUAACAAAAGAUUAUUAUCGACGACCAUCAGCAUCGGAUCUUAUUAAUCAUCCAUUCUUAUGUGAUUUAUUUUCAUCAUAA